CGGGGAGAUCGACACGGGGAGAGUGGCACGGGGAGAUCGACACGGGGAGAUCGACACGAGGAGAUCGACACGGGGAGAGCGACACGGGGAGAUCGACACGGGGAGAGCGACACGAGGAGAUCGACACGGGGAGAUCGACACGGGGAGAUCGACACGUGGAGAGCGACACGGGGAGAGCGACACGGGGAGAGCGACACGAGGAGAUCGACACGAGGAGAUCGACACGGGGAGAGUGACACGGGGAGAUCGACGCUAGGCACGUGGAGAUCGACGCCGGGCACGGGAACGCUUGCAAAGAGAUCAUGGGUGUGAUAGGUGUGCAGCUCGUGUUGAGCAUGGUGGUGGCAAGCCUCCUGCAAAAGUUCUCCCCCCACUUCUCAUUCGCCCGAUGGUUGCUCUGCAAUGGCAGCCUGGUGCGUUACCGACACCCUUCAGACGAGGAGCUGAUGAAUUUGGCCGGAAAGCAGGUGCCCAAGGGAAAGUUCAAGAAGGACAGGAAGGAGAAUGGGACUGCCGGGAAACCAGCAACGGUGCCCAAGGACAUUGAGCUGCAGCUGGAAACGAAACCCGUGUCUCCUAUGGACGCACUGGUGCUGCACUACUACUCCGAGUACCAGUGGCUGCUGGACUUCGCGGUGCACGCGACCCUUGUCUACGUGCUCACCGAGGCCUACUACACAGUCGCCGCACCGGCCGGCGAGCUCAACCUGGGCCUGGUCUGGUGUCUGCUCAGCCUCGCGUUCUGCCUGAAGGUGCUCUUCUCGCUGACGGGGCAGUACUUCGGGGCGGAGGGCGGUGGCGAGCGAUCGCUGUGCGUCACCUUCGGAUUCUUCUUCUUCGUCAAGGCCAUGGGCACGCUGAUCGUCAGCGAGCGCUUCCUGGAGUUUGGGCUGGACGAAGGUUUCACAAACUUCUCGGAAAAUGCCAUUGGAUUUCUGCAUCAGCAGGGCCUGGAGUCAGCUGGACCCAUUUCCAAGCUGACCUUCAAGGCGGUGCUGGCCGUGUUCUGCGCUGUGAUUGGAGCGUUUCUCACCUUCCCCGGACUCCGAUUGGCCAAGAUGCACCUGGACGCGCUCACCCUCUACGCCCAUAAGCCGUUCAUGCAGGCCAUGCUGCACCUGAACUUCCUGGCGCCGCUGCUGGUGGCAUUGCUGUGGGUGAAGCCCAUAGCGCGAGACUACCUCAUGAAUAUGCCCAUGGGCCGUGGACAGAGACUGCAUCUGUUGACGCCCGAGGGCUUUGACUCCGUGCGUCUCUGGGCCGUCGUGCUGCUGUGUGUCCUGCGGUUGCUGCUCACGCGGUCACACCUGCAGGCUUACCUUGACCUGGCGCGGGAGAGAGUGGACCGGAUGAAGCGCGAGGCUGGCCGCAUCGGGACGCGUGACCUGCAGAAGAUGGUGGCGCGCGUGUUCUACUACCUGUGCGUCAUAGCCCUGCAGUACCUGGCGCCACUCGUCCUCUUGCUGAAUCUUGUCUUUCUGCUCAAGACCCUUGGUGGUCACUCCUGGGUAAUUCUCCCGGAAUCCUUCACUGCUGCCAUCCCCGUGGGCCCCUCCUCCGUACCUGUGGCUGCACCGACCUCGCCGCCACCUCCCUUAUCGUCAUCGGCGGAGGCCCCGUCAUCGGAGGGCUUGGCGGACGAUGCCGGUGCGGCAGUCACCCAGGUGGCGGUGACGAUGCAGAGUUUGCGUGCCGUGUUCGCAGCUCCGCUCUACCGGGGCAUCCUCUCCUUCCUCACGUGGUGGACGUGCGCCUGCUGGUUCACCACCAGCCUCUUUGGACUCAUGUACCACCAGUAUCUGGUGACCGCGUGACCGGCCCCAACCGUUCCCCCCCUCCCACCCCCACACCUCCUCCAACCAUAUUUUGCCACCGCCGGGACGGUGGCGUCCGUAUCAGCGUGCACAGUCUCGACUGCCUCGACUGUCCGGACCGGCUGCCUGUGGUGGACAUCGAGCUCGUCGUUGUUGAAGUCUUCUGUCUGCUCGUAAUGUCUCAUUCUGCCGUUUGUCAGCUGUCGCAGAAGCCUUGCGUUGUUGUAAAAUGGGUCGGCCACAAUAUUAUCGCUCGGUUCUACGUGAUUUUAUUUUUCGUGUCGUCGCCCCUCCACCGCGGCUUGUUGCCCCCCCCCCCCCCCCUGUGUUUCCUGCUGAUGCUUAACACGUAACGGACUAAUGAAGAGCCAAGAUGGGAAUGUCACACGCGCGGUCCCCGUCGUGUGAUUUCAGACGCGCUUUAUCGCUCCGGAAAGCGUUCCGUAAGUGUGAACUGCAGCGGUGGUGGUGAAGAAGAUGGCAGCGAUAUGCCUGGUAUCGAUCGGCACAAGCGCGGCACUUGAAGAUGAACAUGCGCUUGUCGAUGCUGAGAACGAUGAUAACGCGUGUGCAGAUUUUUCAGAUUGCAAACGCGUGCGGUCAUGUAGCCCCCUCCCAUCAAUGAUCAUACGGACUCGAAACCUUGGACGUGCCAGACACUGCAGGUUUUACUGCCGCUAUUGGAUGAGAGGACGGAAGAACUGAUACACCGUUCCCAUUCUCCCGUAUAGUCCUCUCCUACACACAGUUGUCAAAUGUGGAAUGCUGUGAAUUUGGGGGAAAACGUGUUUUUGUUCAUUUCUGCAGCUGAAAUGGCAAGAUUUGAGUUGCAUAUUCACAGUGACAAACUUAAAGAAACAUCCCUCCUUUUGCGCGAGUACGUGUGUUUAUCAGUUCACGCCUAUACCCGAGUGUUUCACUUUCACGUGCAAGGCUGUGUUGCUAAAAUCAAUGGGGCAGUGGUGAUUAAUUUUUGUAUUUAUUCUUGCUUACAUUUCUGGUUUCACACUUUCAACCUUACUUUCGACUCGCGGUCUGAUACCUAGGCACGUUCUCUCUUCAUACGUUGCUUUGUUUCUGUGAACACACUUUUCAAUACUAUUGAUUUUGGACUUUAAGAAAACUAGAAAAAUUAUUUUGACAACACCACCUUCAUGCAUCUACACACUUCAGUGCUGCAUGUCUACCAAUAUUAAGCGUAACUCAAGAUGAGUCUUACAUUUCAACAGACAUUCUACUUGCCUGUGAACGCUGUAUCCACGAACAUUUUCACGUCAACCACUCGCUUGAUACAUUGGAUGAAGGAACUAUGCCCGUGUCUUUUGAUCGGCCGACCUGGAGAGUUCGUCAUGUGCCAGUGAGUGAGGACACUUAUAAGUUUUCCAUCCCUGCCCUGGUCUGAUGCAUGAGCGUGUGUUCCUUCUGAACUUUGAGUGCUCGCACUGUGUUCGUAAUUAAUGAAGCAAUAUCGAGUCUAUGCAUGGCCAGUGUUGUGUGCGUUUGAAUCAAGAUCAUUAUUUCAUUUGUUUUAUUGUCCUUUUUGCUAUCGCAGAGGUGAAGGUGUAUUCAAAGGACUUUGUACGAUCAGACACCGUCCUAUUCCACAAUAGUCAAGAGAUCAAUGUUACCAUGUGGAGCAGGCUUUGCACUCGUGGUGUAAACAUGUAUCAUUUAAUCGAUCAUUAUCGAUUCCUAACCUCAACACGUUGCAUUUUAUUGCGUGCGUACGAAUCUUACGUGUUUUUUUUGCUAUUUGUAUAUUGGCUUAUGGGGUUGACUGUCAUCCUCAUCGUCCACUCGAAGCACUGAAUUAGCCACAAUGUAAAAAAAGACUCCUCUUGAAUUGAAUCGCGGUGCAUGUUCAUCGACUCGCCAGGGUUGGGGGGUGAAUAAUUCCACCCCUCUUUUACUGUACACUAAUGUCUCGAUGUGACCGAGAGCAAGGAAGUUGUGUGCGAGGUGAGUUCCUGCGCUAAGAAAUCUAUUUUGCACGUUUGCUAAUGCUCGAAAAACCAUUCACUGUACCCGCGCGGGAGCCGUGGGGUUUGGGACGGCCACUUGUAAGAUUUCCCAACGCUGUGUGGGGAUUUUCGUGUGAUGGGUCGCACUUGAAUUGUGUCAGACACCACCCUGCGUCAAACACUUUCUGUUAAGGGUGGGGGGGGGACCCCGUCAAAGAAAGCAAAAAUGUUCGCAAACAUUCGGCGGAUCUUUCCAUCUCUCUCUCUCGAGUUGGUGGUCUCGACAAGGCUGAGAGCGUUGUACAACCAAAUUGUGGCGGUGACAUGGCAUGUACACAAGGCGUGAUUUGGAAGUCGUGCCUUUUUUCUGCGAUGUUUUGCGGGCAAGAUACACCUUUUGGCGUGGUGUCGACAUUUCCCCGCCUGUGUUCCCUCGGCGCGGUAACGUGGAAUGACGAUUUUUAGGUGGCGCCGUUAAAGAAUCGAAGGCGUUUGUCGGUGUUUGUGUUCGGCCGAAAUUGCUUGUGACUGAUUGAGCGAUUUCCACCAAUUUUGCACACUCGCGAAAACCGCACACUGCCAAUGGAUUGUACGAAUGGUGUGUCUUUGAAGAUGUCCACGAGCAUUUUUGUUUUAAGUGUGUGUGUCAAGUGACAUGAUGAUAAUUGAGUUUAGUUUAUUUGAUGUUCAUUUGCCUGCAUGGUUUUUAAAAUAUAUAUUUGUUUUUGAUUUC